AUGGAGUCCUCCACGCUUAAUCUAGACGCAUCAGCAAAGCCCAUGCCAACCACAGAACUCUUCUACAAAUCCCUAAAUCCAAGCGCCACAGAAACAAUCCUACUGAUUCACGGCGCCUGCGGUGGCCACAAAGAAUGGGACGACGUCGCACCAGACCUAAUCCUGAAGGGCUACCACGUCCUCCUCCCUGACCUCCCAGCCCACGGCAACUCUUUAAAAAAAACGCAAGCCAAACAAAGCCGCGCACAUAUAGUAGGCUUAAGCCUAGGCGCGCACAUCGCAGCUUGUAUAGCCGAGCACGCCAAACCAGGCAUGAUCCUAUCUGUCAUUGCAUCGGGGUACAAUACCAUCCCGCAACCGCAUUUCCUUACACCCAUACUUACGCCGCCUAUAUUCGUGCUCCAUCAUAUAACGAAUUUCGUGGCUUGUCCCCGGGAAGAGCUGGCGCAGUUGAAGAAUGGGGAAGCGGGGUAUGGGCUUAUGGCGGCAGUCGUGAAGGCGAUUUGUGAGCCCAGGAAGAUUGGGGCGAUCCGUGUUAGGCUUUUGGCUGUCUGUGCGGCUUCUCCAGAAACGUAUUUGGGCAGGGACAAGGUCAAAUGUUCGAGGAUGCUACUUGAACGUGUUGUUGAUGGGGAUGGGAGCAGGGCUGUUUUGCAUCGGGGUAUUAGACAUGGGUGGCAUAUGGAGGAGCCGGCAAUGUUUGCGGAGAUGAUUUUGGCAUGGGUUAGAGAGGAGAAGUUAGACGAUGCUUUUGAAGAUAUGGAGUAA